AUAUUCUCUGGAUGAUGCUCCUGGCCUCUCCAUCUGGUCCCAGAUAAGGGUGGGGAUCAGCCCUGUAAACAGGCCCCGAUCAUUGCCCUGGCCCAGGCCCCAUCCAGCCAGGACUAGUCAGCCCAGGGUCAGCAUGGCCGUCCGCCUGUAGGUAGUCACUCUGGCCAUGGUCGCCCUCCUCAUUGUGGACAUGGAAGUGCCAGUGUCUGCAGAGGAAGAGCUCACUUUCUCAAGAAUGCCCAUCUGUGAGCACAUGGCAGAAUCUCCAGCCUGUUUCCAGACAUCCAUCCUGGUCUGUGGCACUGAUGGGGUCACAUAGGAAAGUGAAUGCCACCUCUGCUUGACCUGGCUAUAA